AUGGCUUUCACUUGCCUUUGCUUUUCAAUAGUUUUGUUUUCGAUCGUUUUUGCAGAAGAAAACAAAAACGCUCGAAUUUUUAACGACCGAGCUUCUCUUCUCAUGUUCGUUUCCGAGGUCACUUCUGACCCCGGAAACGUGCUCCAGCCUUGGACCAACAACUCGCAGGUCCAUAUAUGUAACUGGACUGGAAUCACGUGCAAUGCCGAUCGUGAUUCUGUUCUCGAGUUAGAYCUUAGUGGAGCUUCGCUCCACGGUAUUAUAUCUCCAGCCAUUUCCAARCUUUCAAGRUUAACGGUUUUGGAUCUUUCUAGAAACUUCUUCGAGGGYGGGAUUCCACRAGAGAUYGGGUAUCUCGUGGAGCUCAAGCAGUUAAGUCUAUCGUCGAAUCUUCUUCGAGGGAGAAUCCCGUUUGAGAUUGGGUUUCUCCUUCGGCUACAAUAUCUUGAUUUGGGAAGCAAUAAGCUCGUAGGUGAGAUACCGACGAGUCUUUUUUGUAACGGCUCGUCAGCGCUCGAGUAUGUUGAUAUCUCGAAUAACUCGAUAAGCGGUCAGAUUCCRUUGAAGGAAGAAUGUGAAGUUAAAGAGUUACGGUUUCUUCUCGUUUGGUCGAACCAACUUUCGGGUCGAGUUCCUCGWGCRCUUUCUAAUUCCUCMAAGCUUAAAUGGUUGGAUUUAGAAUCGAACUUUUUCGAAGGGGAAUUGCCGUUUGAGAUUGUGAAGAACUUGUCGAACUUGCAGUUYGUUUAUUUGUCGUACAACCRUUUCUCAGGCCCUCUCGARCCRUUCUUUUCGRCUUUAUCUAACUCYCAACAUUUGCAAGAACUCGAGCURGCUGGAAACAGACUGUAYGGAAAGAUUCCCGACAUYAUCGGGGAUCUUUCCAARAGUCUGGUCCAAUUACAUCUCGAURACAAURAGRUAUCCGGAGRGAUUCCUCSSAAUAUCUCGAACCUCRUGAACCUCACCCUUCUCAACUUGUCUAGCAACUUCCUGAACRGAACGAUCCCGCAUGAGCUAUUCCAAAUGGGGAAACUCGAACGYCUUUACCUAUCRAAUAACUCGCUUUCYGGUGAAAUCCCGUCGGAUUUYGGGAACGYSUCCCGGUUGGGUCUUCUYGAUUUGUCRAAAAACCAACURUYUGGCUCRAUCCCGGACRCAUUCUCGAGUCUYUCGCAGCUAMGAAGACUCUUGCUUCAUAACAACAGGCUUGUGGGAAYGAUCCCCACGAGCCUGGCACAAUGYGUWAACUUGGAGAUUCUCGACCUUUCGCAUAAUCAAAUUUCGGGUUYRAUUCCRAGUGAUUUCGCAAGAUUGAACAGCCUGAAGUUGUAUUUAAACAUCUCAUACAAUCARCUGGAUGGACCUCUGCCAUCGGAGCUCAGCAAGAUGRACAUGGUUCUGGCCAUGGAYCUAUCRUCGAACAACUUYUCCRGCRUAAUUCCAGCACAGCUCGGRAGCUGCAUUGCACUCGAACUCCUCAACCUYUCCRGYAAUGCAUUCGAAGGCCCUCUUCCAGAUUCMMUCGGAAAACUGCCGUUCCUWGARRCAUUUGAUGUUUCGAGGAACAGAUUGUCGGGAAAGAUCCCGGAAUCUUUCYCGRCAUCUUCKAYGUUSAARCAACUUAACUUCUCRUWCAAUAACUUCUCCGGSAACACGUCGUUUCCAUUUCUUAAUAUAGAUUCUUUUCUCGGAAACCCCGGACUUUGCAGUAGUUCGAUCGCGGGGCUGCCGCUCUGCAAAAACAGGCGAAAGAAGAAUUUGAUUCGGCUG